GUGACAGGUACGCGAGAAAAAAACAGUACCAGCUCUGACACGCUAAACUAUAACCCUCUUCUCUCUUUAAAUUGCUUCUUAAUUCUCCAGUCCACAGAAGAUGGGUUUAAUCGGAUUGCAACACUGGAAAUUCAAGAACGGAGCAAAAAGAGCACCCUCUCUGUAGUGCUACGAAAUAGUGGCAAUGAUCAACACACACAGCACGAUGCUGGACGUGGAGUCCCACACGCAAUGAAUUCUGCGAAUGGAACAGAGACUGAGUCUAGUGCAGAAGAGUACAUUUUCGCCUCUGGCACUCUCAAACUUCUUGCUUUCACUAUCGGAAUAAUUGGCGUCUUUGGUUUUUGCAACAACGUAAUCGUUUUGGUGCUUUAUUACAAAUUUAAGAGACUGCGGACACCCACAAAUUUAUUAUUGGUAAAUAUAAGUAUAAGCGACUUGCUGGUAUCUCUUUUUGGAAUUAACUUCACAUUUGCUUCUUGCAUCAAAGGAGGGUGGGUCUGGAAUUCGCCAACAUGCAUCUGGGAUGGUUUCAGCAACAGUUUAUUUGGUGUCGUAUCCAUCAUGUCUCUGUCCACCCUGGCAUACGAACGCUACAUACGAGUCGUUCAUGCCAAAGUGGUUGACUUCCCCUGGGCCUGGAGGGCAAUCACACAGAUAUGGCUCUACUCGCUGGCCUGGACUGGGGUGCCACUGUUUGGCUGGAAUCAGUAUGUGCUUGAGACCCACCAGCUGGGAUGCUCCCUGGACUGGUCUUCCAAAGACCCCAAUGACUCUUCCUACAUAAUCUUCUUCCUCCUAGCCUGUUUCUUUGUGCCCAUCGGGAUAAUGGCUUACUGCUAUGGGAAUAUCCUGUACACUGUGCGAAUGCUUCAGUCUAUCCAGGACCUUCAGACGGCUCAGGUAAUUAAAGUCCUUUGUUAUGAGAAAAAGGUGACGGCCAUGUUUCUGCUGAUGAUAUCCUGCUUCCUUGUCUGCUGGACACCCUAUGCAGUCGUGUCCAUGCUGGAGGCCUUCGGCAAAAAGAAGGUCAUCACGCCAUCUCUCUCCGUCAUUCCCUCCUUUCUGGCCAAGUCCAGCACGAUGUACAACUUUCUGAUCUACAUCACCAUGAGCCGAAAGUUCCGCCGCUGCCUGCUGCAGCUGCUCUGCUCUCGCCUGUUGAGACUGCAGCAAAGCAUUAAAGAGCGACCACUACCCCAGGUGGACCAGCCCAUCCGUCCCAUUGUCGUCUCCCAUAGAGUAAGCGACCGCCCUAAGAAGAGGGUGACAUUCAGCUCAUCUUCCAUCGUCUUCAUCAUCACCAGCAACGACACCCAGCAGCUGGAUGUGUCCCCCAGGGGAGACAUGUCGGAGGUCAAUGUCAUCCAAGUGCGACCUCUCUGACCCAGCAGACCUGUUGUGGCACCACCUUUGCUUAUGAACAGCGUGCUGAGCCUCUUCAUCCAAGAUGCUUCAGACCCGAAAUAGUACAGUACUGAUGGCAAUUCUCUACGGCAGUGUUUCUGAAUCCAGUCCUUGGGGAGCAGCCGGCCGUCCACAUUUCGGGAGCUGGAAGGGAGCAAAAAUGUAGUGUCCGGCAGGGAAUUGGGAUGGAGCAGAAACAUGGACCGUCUGUUGGUUCCCAAAGGCCGGGUUGGGAAACACUGCUCUACAGCCAUUAUUAAUCUCUUAUGGUCUUAUGCAGAUCAAUUUCCUCUGCUGGUGAAGUGCUCAGUCUCUCUCCAGUAUGGUAACAGAAGGCGCGGUGUACACCAUUAUCUACAGGUCUUCAAUAUAUGCACUAUUUUUAAUACAAUGUCAGCCGCAUAUCAGUAUUAAAUGGCAUAUUAUGGAAUAGUGAUCUGUUUUACUAUGUACACUGUUAUUGUGUUGAGAUCUUUAUUUUUCAAGAUUAUUUUUUCAGGGUCUGAGUGUUAAUUUGAAUCUAUUAUGCACAUUUCCGAGGGUGUUUGGUGUCGAGUCGAAGGAACCUGUGAAGUCUGUUAUCACACAUUGCAAGGUCUAUCUUUAUCCAGAAAGUGCAAUGGAGAAUGAAGAAGAGGGUUUACUUCAGGUGGCCUGGUUCAUGAGCCUUAAACUCCUGAAAAUCUUCAUUCAUAUUCUCAAAACCAUGUACAAAAUAAUAAAUAACCAUAUUUAUUUUU